UGAUGGACGCACUGCUCUUGCUGAAGCGGUGAUGCUGAGAGUGACACGUUCCCCGGCGCGCCGGCGGAGGGCACGUGCCCCACGCGGGGGGCCGGACGCCGAGUCACCGAACUCCGCGAGAUAGCGCGAGGGCACCUUCCCUUUUCACCGGGGGUGGCGGUGUGCGAUGGCGAAAGAGAGCGGCAGGGCAGCACAGGGAACACAGGAGGAGGAGGAGGAGGAGGAGGAGGAGGAGGAGGAGGAGGGGGAGGAGGAGGAGGAGGAGGAGCGAGCGUCCCUGGGGGCAAAAUCCUUCUCGCCCGCUACGCGUUCGACCGCGCGCCCUCUGGAGCACUCAAGGGCACGGCAUCGCGGUCGACGGCAGAAGUGGCGACGCCGUCGGCGUCGGCAAGCGCAACCUGCGACACGGGGUCGAGGGGCGCGCGGUCGGGGAAGGCGCCCUCGACGACCCCGGAAGCGACGAGGGCAGGAACAUCAGCAUUAUGAGAAUGAGCCCCAGCAGGGGGCGAGGCGGCAUCGAUCACCUGGGCGCUGAAGGUGGGGUCGCCAUCGUCCUCCGAGUCGCACUGCAUCGCAUUCUCGUCCGCACAUGUUUCGAGAAAUUCCGGCUCAUCAUCGCGAUGCUCCUGAACGCCAGGCUCAGGGAGAAGUUCCAGCUCAGCAUCUGCUGGUAGCUCUUCGCCUGCUUCCAGGAGGCUGCCAGGGUUGUUCAGCAUCCACUGAACCAGCUCCCUCUUGUCCGCGAAACUAUCGGGGCACAGGUCGUCCACGGCACGACGAGCAUGCUCGAGCUGCUGUACAUAAAACGCAUCAGGAUGGGCAGGAGCCGUCGUUGCGCAGUCGUCGCGAGGCUCGCUGACGAUGAGGCGACCGACGCUGUUGCUGAAGACGGACGCGGUCCAAUACAUUGAGCGAGAGCCUCGAGCGCAAGUUGUAGAGCAAGCGUGCUUGACGGCAGAAGCCCAAACGUGUUGAAGCCAAUGGCAGCGCACGACCCCCUUGGCCCAGUGCCAGCAGCCAGGGGGCCCAACUCACACCCUUGUCCUUCAGCGCGCGCACCAGGAUGUUCGGGUUCGGCAGGCUGCAGACCAGGAAGGUCGCGAGCAGCAUCAUGAGGAAGUUCGGCCUCUGAGUCAUCAACCUCGGAAAGCAAUGCUGGCUGCGAUGCGGGCACGAAUGUCGAGUAGAGCGGCGGCGCGGCCAUGUCAGGAGGCGUCGCAGUGCCCCAAACAUCAGACCAAUCAACAUCAAGAUCGCAGUCCUCCCUCUCGUCGACGUGGUCGUGCAGCCCAGGGCACCGUUCUCUUCGCGGGGACGUGCCCACUGGAAUGGCAGCGGGCAGCGCAGUCGCGGACGACGACGCAGCAGGGCUCAUCCAAGCAAGAGCACAGGCGUCAGCCCCAGGCGGCGGCGGCCCAGACGAGCUCGCAGCAGGCCAAGAGGGCAAGGUGCCUGAGGACGCGGGCGGUUGCACAUGCCAGGUCGCGGGCGGCCCCGGACGCGAAGCGAAGCUGAACUCAAACUUGUCGAUCUCGGAUCGGUCCGGAUCGAAUCGGGAUCGGGAGGCAUCGCUCUUUUACCUCCCAGGCGCCCUGGCUCAAGGGCCCUAAACGGCAGCGGAGUGCACAAGAAUGGAUGGAUGGGGGACCAGGAGAGACAAGGCAAGAAGAGAAGAAG